GAGGGAAGUGCUGCUGUGGUGGCGACGUGGAAAGGCAGAAUGGCAUUUAUGUCUUUUGUAAUCAGACAAUGAAAAUCCAGAGACACAAUAAAGAACAGAAUGCCAGCUUCCAGCAGGAUAUAACUACUAUGAUGUAGCACACUGACUCACCUCUGUGAAGAAUAACUGUCAGUCGUCAUGGACGGAGGGUUGACUAUCACUUUUAUAAGUCGGGUGGCGAUGUUUGUAGGUACUUUUGUACUUGAUCAUCCCACUGUUGUUCAGGGCUUAACGAGAUGGACACCCAAACGCCUGCAGUUUGUCUCCAUCCUGGGGGCAGGACUGCUGUGUGGAACAGCGCUGGCCAUCACCAUCCCUGAGGGAGUGGGUUUACUGGAGGAGUCAUGGAGAGCAUCCUCUUCCUCCUCUGAUGUGCCAUCCGGUCUGAAUGCCAGUGAGAAAAAUGAAAAUGUAACUACCACUGAUGGUCCCCCUCGGUUUCUCAUUGGGAUGGCUCUAACUUUCGGGUUCACCUUCAUGUUUGUGGUGGACCAGAUCGGAAGUUACUUCUCCAUGCCUGGCAAGGAGAGCGUCUCUUUUGCUAACAGUGUCGGCAAUCACAGCCACUUUGGGGCUAGUGAUUCAUGGGUGCAGUGUAUAAAAGACAUGAACAAGUGGAUUUUGCAUAAUAGGUAUCCUUUUACAUGUGUUUGUUUGCUUGAAGCUGAUGGAUUUGCGGUGGGUGCAGCUGUAGCCUCGGGGCAAGUCACAGUGCAAGUUAUAGUAUUCCUAGCUGUGAUCCUACACAAGGCACCUGCUGCUUUCGGGUUGGUCUCCUUCCUGAUGCAUGCAGGCCUUGAAAAGAAGCACAUUCAGGACAUUGCUGCCUUCUCAGCUGCAGCGCCCGUACUUGCCAUCACCACUUACUUCAUAUUACAUGCAUCUGGCAGCUCCUCUCAGAAUCAGCUCAGUGCGACAGGAGUGGGAAUGCUCUUCUCGGCUGGGACAUUCCUCUACGUGGCCACAGUGCAUGUUCUCCCCGAGAUCAGCAGUAGGAGGACGGGCAGACCCUCCUCUGACCCCCAUCAGUACUCUGGAGCCGAGGCCCACCAUGAGCGAUAUCUGGGGCUCCUGGAGAGCCUCACUUUGAUCCUGGGGGUCGGGCUUCCUAUGGUGCUGGCCCUUGGGCUGCAUGACGACUGAGAAGGAAACAUCAGGAAAAGUGUAGUGCAAAGGUCACAGUGUCACCACACCUCAAAGGAAAACACCUGUCUCUUUUCACUUCCUGUAUGGCAGAAUGACUGGACAAGAUGUGUGGAGAAAGAGAGUUUACCUCGCUGUGUUUUAGUCUCAGUAAAAAUGUGUGUGUAUCAAAGGAGCUCUCCAGUGGGGUCUAAAAACCUGAUAGCUAAUAUAUUUCCUCUGGGGAGGUUUCCAUUCCAAGACUGAAAAAAGGCGCUAUUUGUUGUUUGAAGUUUGAAGCCUUAUACAGGCCCUUUCAUCAUCACGUCACAAAGAUACGGAAAAAAAUGUCAUUUCAAAGGUGAAAUCCAGUAACUCAAUAUAUUUACAGGAUCAACCUGUAACCACUUCUUAAUGUUGUGCUCUUUUUUAUUUUCUCCACCUGUGUUAAGUCAGUGUUAAUACAAAUAUAGAAACAAAAUGUCAAUA